AUGGAAGAAAAGCGAAAAGAGAAUGGAGUGGCAGCCAUGGCAGCAUGCUACCAGGGAUUUGAUCCUGCAGCGUAUCUGCAGUAUAACUACACUCCUCCACGGGCUGACUUUGACAGAAAGGACAGCAUUGUGCCGUGGAAGCUGGCAUGCCUGCACAGAGCUUUCACUGAAGGCGACGUGACUGGUGAGCUGCUGGUGGACAUAGGUUCGGGUCCCACUCUGUACCAGGUGCUGAGUGGCUGUGAGGUUUUCAACAAGGUGCUCCUCACAGACUUCCUGGAGGUCAACAGGAAGGUGCUGAGGGGCUGGCUCCAGAACGAAGGAGGCUGCAGUCUGGACUGGACACCGUACCUGCAGCACGUCUGUAAACUGGAGGGACGACGGCCCUCAGCAUGGACAGAGAAAGCUGCCAAGCUCCGUCAGGUCAUCACAGACAUCCUCCCCAUUGAUGUGCACCGCCCUCAGCCUCUGGCCCCUGACGCCCUUCCUUCAGCAGGGGCCGACUGUCUCGUGUCCAGCUUCUGUCUUGAGAGUGUCAGCCCUGACCUGGCUGCCUUUACUAGGGCCAUGGGCCACAUCGGGAGGCUCCUGCGGCCCGGUGGCCACCUCCUGCUCAUCGGAGCUCUAGGAGAAAGUUACUAUUUCGGGGGGCCUGGGGUAAAGAUCCCUGUGGUCCCACUGAAUGAGGCCCAGGUCUGUGCUAGUUUGAAGGAGAAUGGCUACACCCUGAUCAGGCUUGAAGUUUACACCCUGCCUCAGGACAUGAGGGUGGGAGUCGAUGACGUGUCUGGGGUGUUUUUUGUAAAGGCAAGGAAGGACUAAAAGCUAAGUGGGAGACGUGGGGAUGAUUAAAAUGUAUUAAAGUUAAAAGCAAGAAGGUUUAUUAAGCCAAGGUAAAUGCAUAGUUUAGCACAGAAUGCAGCACACAAACACGUGAUAAAAUAUUUCACUUCAUUUAAUUUUAUUUUAGUGGUCCAGUAAAUGUUUUUUCUUUUCUGAGGGUGAAUUAGAAGCAAACACACCCCUUUGUUGAGCUCUCAGUGUUAGAAAUGUAAUUACACAUUGCCUCCUGCAGUUCAAACAGGGCAACUACAGCAUCACGUAUGUAAUGGUUCAAUUUUUUUGUUGUAGGCAUAGGCCUAUCAAAGCAUUACAACAUAGCGUUUAAACAGUAUAUUUUGAUAUGCUUCGUUUUAGUUUUUAAU